CCCACGGUCCGGGUCCGACCCCCCCUACGCCGUGCUGUGCUCGAGUGUCAACGUCAUCGCCUAGCCUCCCGCCGCCGUCGCCGACGCCGCCGCCGCCACAAGCGAACAAGAGAGUUAAGAAGAUGGCUGAAGUUGAAACCUUCCUCUUCACAUCCGAGUCUGUCAACGAGGGGCACCCUGACAAGCUCUGCGACCAGAUAUCUGAUGCUGUGCUAGAUGCAUGCCUGGCUGAAGACCCUGACAGCAAGGUUGCUUGUGAGACAUGCACCAAGACCAACAUGGUCAUGGUUUUCGGUGAGAUCACUACCAAGGCCAAUGUUGACUAUGAGAAGAUUGUGAGGGAUACUUGCCGUGGCAUCGGUUUUGUGUCCAAUGAUGUAGGGCUUGAUGCUGACCACUGCAAGGUACUUGUCAACAUUGAGCAGCAGUCCCCUGACAUCGCGCAGGGUGUCCAUGGUCACUUUACCAAGCGGCCUGAGGAGAUUGGCGCUGGUGACCAGGGCCAUAUGUUUGGAUAUGCAACUGAUGAGACCCCUGAGUUCAUGCCCCUCAGCCAUGUUCUUGCUACCAAGCUUGGUGCUCGUCUCACUGAGGUUCGCAAGAACGCGACCUGCCCGUGGUUGAGGCCUGAUGGCAAGACCCAGGUGACUGUGGAGUAUCACAAUGACAAUGGUGCUAUGGUCCCUAUACGUGUCCACACUGUGCUCAUCUCCACCCAGCAUGAUGAGACAGUGACCAAUGAUGAGAUUGCUGCUGAUCUGAAGGAGCAUGUGAUUAAGCCUGUCAUCCCAGAGCAGUACCUUGAUGAGAAUACCAUCUUCCAUCUCAACCCAUCUGGCCGCUUUGUCAUUGGUGGACCUCACGGCGAUGCUGGUCUCACUGGCAGGAAGAUCAUCAUUGACACCUAUGGUGGCUGGGGAGCUCAUGGUGGAGGUGCUUUCUCUGGCAAGGACCCGACCAAGGUUGACCGCAGUGGUGCAUAUGUUGCAAGGCAGGCGGCGAAGAGCAUUGUCGCCAGUGGCAUCGCCCGCCGCUGCAUCGUCCAGGUGUCUUAUGCUAUUGGCGUGCCUGAACCACUCUCAGUGUUUGUUGACACAUACGGCACGGGCAAGAUCCCUGACAAGGAGAUCCUCGAGAUUGUCAAGGAGAACUUUGACUUCAGGCCAGGCAUGAUCAUCAUCAACCUUGACCUCAAGAGGGGCGGGAAGGGGCGCUACCUCAAGACGGCGGCAUACGGUCACUUCGGCAGGGAGGGCGCAGACUUCACCUGGGAGGUGGUGAAGCCCCUCAAGUGGGAGAAGCCUUCUGCCUGAGCAAACACUUAGCGAAGUCUCUGAAUAAACUUAGUUUUACCUAUCACAGCAAGUAAUAUCUCUAUUCACUGCUCCAGUGCUGCAAUGGUGCAAGUUUUAUUUUUCAGUGUCUGUGUUUAGAGGUGCUUGUAUUGUCGGUGUGCUACUUGUGUUCUUAUCUGCUCAUGUCAUGGUAAUGGUGGCGACAAGAUUGAAACUGUUAAAGAAAUAUGACUUACCUCUCUUUGCUAGCCA